AUACGUCAAAAUGACAAAGUUGACAGAGGCAAAAGUACAGUUUUCAAUUUUUCAUGCAGUUUUCAACAAGUUUCAUAAAUUCGUAAAACAUUUGUUUUAAUUGAUUGACUAUUAUAAUGAGCCUAUGAGAUUUUCACUCUGAAAGUAUGUCUCAUUCUCUUAAAUUAUUUUAUAGACAAACACAUUGCUUCCUAAAUAUAACCACGCCGGUGAGAUGUAGUGCAAACCAAUAUCCAAUCCGGAUUUUAGCUAGUGGUAUCAGCUAUCAAAAUAACCCAGCCUGGAAUACAUUGAACAGCGUGAAGCGUAAUAGUAUAUCAUCAUGUCAAAUACGAAAUUACGUUAAACCUGAAGGGAGCAAUGCCUGUGACACACCCGAGAAACCCACACCUCCAGAAAAACAAGGGCUUUUCCAAAAGUUUAAGGAUAUGUACAAAAACUACUGGUAUGUCUUAGUACCAGUGCACAUGGCUACUUCUGCGGUUUGGUUGGGUUCUUUCUAUUAUACUGUGAGAAGUGGUGUAGAUAUAAUACCUAUGCUAGAGGCAAUGGGGAUCAGUGAAAAACUGUUAGAGCCAUUGAAAAACUCGUCUGCGGGCUAUUAUGCACUUACUUUUGCUCUGUAUAAAAUAGCCACACCCCUUCGAUAUGCAGUCACUGUUGGUGGCACAACCCUUGCUAUUAGAAAGUUAACAGCACUGGGCUUGAUCAAACCGGUGCCAUCAAGACAGCAAUUCAAGGUAAUGCUACAAGAAAGAAAAGAAGACUUUCAAGACCGAUUCAAUGAGAGUAAGGCCCACUACCGAACACAGAUGCGGCAGCAGGGAACAAAGGUUAUGGACGAAAUGAGACGAUAUAAAACCGAAAUACGAAACAUGAAGAAUAAAGUCAAGAAAAUGUGAGACUCACUAAAUAUACUAUUUGUGUUGUGAGUUAGGACUUGGCCCAAGCGGUUACAUUUAAAACUUCUACAUAUCGUCAGGUCACAACCAACCUCACUAAUUACUAUGACAAGAUCAGAGCCAUAGUGAACCAAAGUAGUGUCAAAACAAGGUUCAUUUUUGUUCAUUUUUUUGUAGUUACAUGGUUAUGGAUGUCAUCUGACAAUAUAGUAAAUUUUGAACAUUUAAGACUCGGCUGAGACCUAACUCACUUUGCUAGGCAAUGACUAAAUCAACAUAAGCUAGUAGUUGUUGUAUGAGAAAGUGUUUACACUUCUGUGAUGCACAAUGUAAAUUAUAAGUAUUGUUCUUGAAUUUCCAUUUUACAAAAUAUUAUGUUUUAAUUAAGUAUCUACUCUGAAGACCUAGUUUUGCAGUAGUUGAUAGUAAAAAUUCAUGAUAUUAUUUGUAAAGUGUGGGUUAUGUGACUGUCCUUUUAAGGCAAUAAGGAUUUCAUAGAAACGAAUAUAUUUGAAUGAAUUUCACUGUUACUAUAUAAAUUUAUAUAUGGGCCAAAGGAGAGUAGUGAGUGUGAAAGGUUACUUAUAAAAUAGGAUCCAUUUAAAUUAUUAAACAAUUUAUUAAAUUUUGAAAUAUUUAUUGUUUAAAUAUUAUUAUUUAAAUAUUAAAAAGUUAUGCCUUAACAAA